AUGGAACACCUUAAUAUUGAGGGAAUAAUUUCCCAGAUUGAAAAAUUCUUUAAAGAAAUAGAUUGUUUAAUUGGCCUUCAAUCCCGAAAUGAAAAUGUAAAUAGUUCAGAGAUUCAGCGAAAAUUUACGGAUGGAAAAGUUCUAAUCGAUGAAACCGAAGGAAAUGAUGAAGAGAGAUUUAAAUUUUAUCGACAUAAAUACCAUGCUACCUACUCUAGAUUUCUAAAAAUUAUCGGUGAAACAGAUAAGGCGAAAAGGCAAGAAGAGCUGGCGAAAAAAUAUGAAUAUUUCGUGAAAAUUGAUACAUGUGAGACAAUCCUAUUUCCGGAAAUACUACCCGAUGAUGACAAUCAAUAUUCGAAUCCCGAAGAGAUGAAAGCACAAGAAUAUGUGGAAGAACUAAUGAGAAAAAUACAAGGUAUAUUGGAAAAUGAAAAAUAUCUCAAACCUAUCCGACAAGUUUUUAAUCAACUCGGAGGGAUACCUAAAGACCUUGAGAGUUACCGGAAUAUUAUAGGUUGCGAGGCUGUUUUAAAUGGAAUUGUGAAUGGGAUAUCUAAUGAAGGGCAAGUGUUUCUAGAUGAGUCGUAUACUUUAAUACCCGGUGAAGUUAAAGAUGAUGCUGAGAGUAGAGUUGAUACGGAGCAAUUGGUUGAACUUUUGAAUCUUCUAAUGUUGCUAGCCAGAAAAAUGGCUUAUUCAAGGAGAAUAUCAUUUAUGCGUUCCGUUUUAGAUUCGUCGAAAAAAACAGACAUCUUGUUUAGUAAUGUUUUAUUUACAGAAGAAAACAUCAAUAAACGCACGAGAGAACUUUCUUUAUAUUUUCACCCUGAUAGAACUAAAAAUAGAAAUAGUGAAAAUUGGCUUCAAGAGGAACACCGCCAUCUAGGUGAUGAAAUAUUUAAGCUUACUAUUGAAUUUAGAGAUGAAUUGCUGGAAAGCCUCAUGAAAAACGAAGACCUAAAUUAUCAUGAAAAAAAAGCAGAUAAACAUUGGAAAAAAGCAAUUGAUCUUCGCAAUGCAGCUAAUGAACAAUGGAAUAAACUAAAGAUAUUAAAAAAAGAAGACAUCGACAUACAUUCUUCCAAAAAACUAAAGAGUCUGAGCGUGCCUAAUGGAGAUUUAGCCUAUUAUGAAUAUCGAGCAGCUUGUAAAAUUGCUGAUAAAACCAAACAAAUAAAGAAACAAUCUCUAAACACUGAUCCAUUCACACAACAAGAAUUAGAUAAUGCAAAAAAUAUAUUUUACAAAGUUAAAAGUAAUAAUCCUACAUAUGUUCCACCUAAACCAAAUAAUAAUUCAUUCAACACGCAAACGUCAGAAAAAACAAUGGUUCAGAAACACCCAUUCCUUGACAAGGAGACCAAUCGAGUUUCGAUUAAGAAGGAAAUAGCAAAAAUUAUGAUUCUCAACGGAAACCGCAGUUUGGUCAAUUAUAAAACAUCUGAAGAAGAAAUUUUGCGUGUCAAAAGACGCGCGCAGAGUUAUAGACGAAUAGGAGGAGCGGCAAUCCUUCAAUCUUCAGUUUCUGGAACUUCGGCUGCAAUGAUUAUUGCAGAAGCGUCUGCAAUUGCAAGCGCAUCAUCGAUUGUGCUAGCUGGUGCAUUGGGUGUGUGUCUCCCCAUUUGUCUUAUAUAUUGCGGUGUAAAACUGUGGCAAAAAGGUACAGCAACUUUAAAAGAGCCCAGAAUUAGGGAAGAGCUCAACGAAUUAAUAGCCAGGGCUUUGAAAGCUUAUGAUGAAGAAAACUAUAAUCAGUUUCUUGAAGAACUUUCCAGAAAAAAUAAUGAAAUGAGUGAUGGUCUUUUAAAAUUAGAAGAGAUUGAUAAUCCCAAUACUCCUAAAAAUGUAAUAGACAUGCUUAUAGAUCAUGGCUUUAGACCAGAUGGUGUCGCGUAUCUAUUAUGUUUAAUUGGAGAAGUAUUAGGCACUGGGAAAGUGAAAGUUGAAGGGAAAACGACAAACGAAUUAAGGUUCUUUGCGAAAUAUAUUUUUAAGGGUGCAUUAGACGGAAAGCUUGAUAGUGAAGCCGAAAAGCUGGAUAAUCGCAUUAAAAGUUACAAAUCAAAAUAUUCCGCGAAAAAUCUUUAUAGAUUAAUCGGUGACAUUUUUCUAUUUAAAGAACUUAAAGAUUAUGCAUAUACUGAUGAGGAAUACAUAAGUGAUUUCCAACGCAUGCCUUUUAAAGUAAGGCUAGAUGAAAUGCAAAUUAUCGCAAAGAUAAAUCUUGCAAUUAUUGAUUUAUUAGAAAAUGAUAAAGAAGAAAUCGAAAGAGCGAAAAAAGAUAUCAAAGAAAUUAGGAAUUCCAUAAGAAACGAUUUUCGGUUUGUUAAUACCGUAAAAUCGCGCUCGGAAGUUUUGGAGGAUUUCUUUUGGGUUAUGAGUGGAGAGGAAUGUUUUGAGUCGAAUGAAUUCGAACCAGCUGAGUCUAAGCCACAUUUUAUACAAUUUAAUAGUUGA